GAGAGGCUGGUUUUCAAAUCUCGGGGACACGCUCUUCUCCCAAUAUGUCUCUGGACGUUGGGUUGUUUUCCGUUUUGGAAAAAAGUCUUUCCUUAGAAAAGUCGGAGCUCGAAGCGGCUCAGCACUUUCUCGAGGAAGCAGCCAAAGUAGACCUUUUUGGUUUGCUCAGACAACUCAGUGAUGUUUUGGUUAACGUCGAGUGUUCUCCUCCUGUACGUAUGCAAGCUGGUAUUCAGCUAAAAAACGCCCUAUACUCCAAAGACCCGGCGCUCAAAACACUUUAUCAACAACGGUGGUUACAGGCUCCAGUGGAGUCACGGGAGUAUAUAAAAAAAAACUGUCUUGCCGCCUUAGGAACAGAAACUACGACACAUAGUUCUGCUGCACAAUGUGUGGCUUACAUUGCAUGUGCAGAAAUUCCUGCACUUCAGUGGCCAGAUCUGAUGGAGCGAUUGGUGGAAAACGUGAUCACACCAAACAAAUCAGAAGCAUGCAAGCGUUCAACAUUAGAAGGAAUAGGAUACAUUUGCCAAGAUAUAGAUCCUUGUAUUUUAGCUAGCCAGUCAAACGCUAUUUUAACUGCCAUAGUUUGCGGUAUGAAAAAAGAAGAACCAAGUGACAGCGUACGUUUGGCAGCGACAAAUGCACUUCUGAAUUCUUUGGAGUUUACAAAACACAAUUUCGAUGUUGAUAAUGAGCGAAACUACAUUAUGCAAGUUGUUUGCGAAUCAACUCAGUCGCCAAAUCCUCAGAUCCGUGUUGCAGCUCUUCAGUGUUUAGUAAAAAUAAUGUCCCUUUACUAUAGUUAUAUGGAGCCGUAUAUGAAACAAGCGUUAUUUGCCAUUACGUUGGGAGCUAUGAAAGAUUCUGUACCGGAAGUCGCUCUUCAGGGAAUCGAGUUCUGGUCUACAGUUUGUGAUGAAGAGAUCGACCUAGCUAUUGACGUUGCCGAGUGCUUUGAGAAAGGUCAACCUCCAGCGGUUUCUAGCAUGUUUUAUGCCAAGGGAGCCCUGCAAUUUAUUGUACCAAUCCUGAUGGAAAUUCUUGCCCAGCAAGAUGAAUCAAUGGAUGAUGACGAGUGGAAUCCAAGUAAAGCCUCUGGUGUGUGUUUAAUGCUACUGGCACAAUGUUGCGAAGAUCCGAUUGUCAAUCUUGUCAUACCAUUUGUAAAGGAGAAUAUUAAGAAACCUGACUGGCGCUACAGAGAUGCUGCCGUCAUGAGCUUCGGCAGUAUUCUUGAAGGUCCAGAUCCUGCAGCACUCAAGCCCCUAGUAGAGUCUGCUAUGCCUGUAAUAAUCGAAUUGUUGCGUGACGAGUCACCAGCUGUUCGUGAUACAGUUGCUUGGACUAUCGGACGUGUUUGUGAAACCCUUCCAGAAGUUGCUCUACACGAAGCAUAUUUGGUUCCUUUGUUGACCGGAUUAGUUGAAGGAUUGUCCACUGAACCAAGAGUUGCAGCUAACAUUUGUUGGGCAUUUUCUAGUCUGGCUGAAAGUGCUUAUGAUGCCGCCUCAGAAAAUUCCGGUCAUAAUGGGGAACCGAGGACCUAUAUACUAUCUCAAUACUUCAAUGUGAUCACAGAACGUCUACUAGCAACUUCCAGUCGACCAGAUGGUGGACAGCAUAAUCUUCGUAAUGCAGCGUACUCAGCCUUGAUGGCGCUUAUGCGAUCUGCAGCUCAAGAUUGUUAUUGUGAAGUACAACGUGUAACACUGAUUGUUCUUGAACGACUAGAGUCAAUCAUUGGUUUGGAACAUCAAAUUGUUUCACAUCAAGAUAGAGCACAAUUUAACGACCUACAGUCACUUUUAUGCGGCACUUUACAAUCUGUUUUGAGAAAGAUAAGUAAAGAGGAUGCACCUGUAAUAUCAGAUAAAGUAAUGUUAGCCCUCAUGUCCAUGUUCCGAACCACUACUACACCGGUUACUGAAGGCUCUGGUGACCAAUCUGUGAUCAACGGUGAAACAGAUAAGACUAAAUUCAGUGAUGGUGUGCAAGAAGAUGCAUUACUUGCAGUAUCUGCGCUUGUUGAAGCUGUUGGAGAGUCGUUUGUCAAAUAUGUGAAUGAUUUCAUGCCAAUUUUGGUAAUUUGUUUACGAAAUCAUAGAGAAACACAAGUUUGUAUGAAUGCAGUUGGACUGUUAGGAGAUAUGUGUCGUGUUUUGAACAAGAACUUACUCCCACACUGUGAUGGUCUUAUCACCAUUCUGAUGGAAAUUUUACAAGAUAUAAAUGCACACAAAUCUCUUCGUCCUGCUAUUUUGUCUACUUUUGGUGAUCUCUCUUUAGCUUUGGGUUCAGAGUUCUGGAAAUAUCUUCCUAUUGUCUUAGAAACGUUGAGUCAAGCCACACAAGCUGAAGUCAAUUUAGAGGAUCCUGAUAUGGUUGAAUAUCUCAAUUCCUUGCGUACUAGUUGCUUGGAGGCUUAUACCGGUAUUAUCCAAGGUCUUAAGGGAGAUGGACCACAAUCUACUGCAGCUUUGGAAUUUGUCGCUGGUCAUGUAUCUCACAUAUUGUCAUUUAUCCAACAUAUUGGAGCAGAUUCGAUCACAACUGAAGAUCUUAUAUCUGCUUCAUGUGGACUGAUCGGGUGAGUCAACUUUGUUGUAGAUUAUACUGUGUACAUAGGUAAGGACUGUCAUUUUCACAACGUAGUUCAAUUAUUAUCACCUAUAAUGUUCCGUAGAGUUGUGAAAUUAUUUAUUUGACCAUUUAACAUAAUGAAUGGGAUUUCUUUAGACGGUUACACUUUAAUUCAUGAAUGAAAAACUUAUGACGUCAUGUACAUUAUCCUAGAUGCAAUUAGUUGGUACCUUAUGUAACAUAUGAAGAGGAGUUAAAAUAGUAGCUGAUCUUGUUGCCAAAACUGAAAAAAACUGAUUAAACUGAGUACCAUUUUAUUUCACCAAGAAUAGUUACAAACGCUACCUUAAACCUUAUCUAUCCAACAAACAUUAUUUAGAAUAUGUUUUUAUUGCAUUGAAGUAAACUGAUAAUACCUAUCUCAUAAAUAUAGCUCAUUAUAUCGUUACAAUAUUAUCUAUUCGUGAAUUUCUCCAUCUGUCUCUAAAAUACAAUGUUCUCUUUUUUUCAAAAUAGGGUUUAUACUUACAUGCUCUAUAUUCUACACUUAUUUAAUCGUACCAUACAAAACUCUGAUUACUUUGUUUAGGUAUACAGCAGAUAAAUAUAGUAUCUAACGUAUUUCAUGGCAUUUGAUCGGUCGGUUGAAUCGACGUUGACCAAUGUUGUGAUAUUGGUUGUAACAAUUAUUGGAUACAUCAGUGUUCACAACAAAUAAUAUCAAUAUUCAAACAUCCCUAAAUCUGUGUUUUGAAAAGAUUACUAAUCCAUAUGGUUCUUAUACUUUCUCGUAGAAUUAACCUUGAGUCAUUUAGGGUCACAAUUAAGAAAAGCUACCUUAUCUGUUCAAGAUAUAGAUAGUCGCAGUUCCAGUAAAGUAUAGCAUACAGUCAUUUGGACGCUGUCUGUCUGCGCACUCAUUAAAUGCAGUUCAAAUGAAGAAAUGUUUCUACUUAUCUUCGAAAAGCUAAGUGAUCAAACACAGUAAGUGAUAACAAUAUGGUACUCAAUUGAGUUCGCCCUCCCUCUCGAAAUACUCUCACACGGCCAUGCGUAUACAGCCUCUGCCAGGGAAGUUCUACUCACUGCUUUCUCGUGGCUAGGGUAUUGUUUACGAAAAUGGGAGGACGAAAAGCGAAUGUCCGGCGCUUUAACCGGAUCCCAAACCAAAUCAGUGGUGCACAUGGGCUCCAGUCUCUUGCGGGAACAAAUGGCGUAUGAACCAAUUCCUUGGUCACCGGCUACCAUGGGACUGCAUCUCCUCACGAUGCUCCAAUGCCUUGUGGGUUAAACCUUCAGGUCGAAGGAUCGGGAUGUGGCCCCCUCAGAAAGCCACCUGCUUUGGUUUGGGCACCCGGGCAGUAUCUCAGCCCACACACAAAAGCAUGAUAAACUCAAUUGGGUAGUUUAAACCAGAAUUAAAGACUCGUAAGUAGUAGGUUUUACGGUAUUCCAAAUCAGUAAACAAAUAAUAGUUUCGGUAUUUCAAAUGCCUAUUUCGAAAAUACUUCUUUUUUUAUUUCAUUUCAAUAAAUGUUGUAUUUUAUUCAUUUCUGUAGUGAUCUUGUAUCUGCUUAUGGUAGUAGUAUUUUAUCACUUGUGGAAGUUGAUGGAAUCGCUUCGGUUUUACAAAGAGGCAGACGUGCUAAAGCAUCUCGAACUAAAAAUUUAGCAGUUUGGGCUACAAAAGAAAUUCGAAAAUUAAAAAAUACAACUAAUUCAACAACUUCUGUUUCCAAUUCAAGUUUAUCUCAUACAGCUACAACUAUUCAAGCUUCUCCUUCAGGAUAAAAAAAAUGUAAAUAGUUUUCUUUAGUUAACCUUUUUUUCUCUUAUAACUUUUCUAUUUCAUUUGUCACUAUCUUCCCCCCCCCAGCCGUCGUUCUUUACACAAUUUAGUUUAGUCAUACGAUCAUUAUGUUUAAUAAACGUUUUAAAACAUCUCUUACUCGCUGCGUACAACAGGGUAAUUAAAAACUAAGUAAUUACAAUCCUACAAUCAGUUAUGUCAAAGUAAGGAUGUAAACUAUGCUUAGUAGAAAAAUCUGAAAAUAUAGAGGGAAAAAAUUACUACUAAUAACAUUCUAUUAUAAAAUCCACCUGUACAUCUUCUAGGGUUACUGCUGGUCCCAAGCCCAGAUAAGGGAGGGGGUCGGCAACUCCGUCCCGUAGAAAAAAAAUUCUUGCCUACCAGAUAAAACCCUGAAAUGAUUAUUCUUUCUUGUGAAAUGAAUAAAUCCCUUUUAACAGCUAAAAAAUAUAUCCUACUCAAUUGAAGCUAUUUUCUGAUGCCCGGAUCGAUAUCUUGUUGAUUUGUAUUGUUUACGUUCGUUUUGAACAAGAAAAAUUAGCAUACGAUAAAUAUCUCGAUUAUCUUCUUCUAUUCAAUAUCAUCCGCUGAAUUGUGACUAUAUGUUAUGUAAGACCAUUCCUAAUCACUUGUACAUAACUGUUUGAAUUGGAGACCAAUGAUUUAGGAUUCCAAAGUGUUAUUCAUUUUUUGGUAAAUGGCUAUUAGUAGAGUAUUAAACCAUUAAAUUCAAUCAGAUGCUUCAGCUUAGUAUUCUUUCCGUUGUUGUUUCUAUGCUUGUAUGUAUUGAACUUGAUUAUGUAUGCUACGAUUAUUAUGAGACUCAGUAACGAUGUCAAGCAGUUGAAUUGGGGAAAAAGCGAAGAAUAGUACAUAUGUCGUUGACUUAAGUGUUAAAGUAGUAUAUACGCAUUCUUAUUUAUGAGAGGGACAAAAUGUGAUUUUGUGUAUGAAUCCAUUAGCUAAGCAACUGAUCUCAAGUAAUUGAUCACAUUCUUGGGGUAUAUAAGGUAUGUUUGUCCAAGAUUUGUGAUCAUAUAGAGAACGCUUGUUUGCUUAAUUACAUACUUUUUUUGUUUUAAAAAUUUCAGGUUCAGUUCAAAUAACCCUCUAUUUCCAUUGAACAGCUUAUCCUAUGAUUUGUACAUUCUGCGAAAAUAAAAAAGAAACACUACCUU